CCAAACGUCCUGUCUACUUCCGCAAGGACUUCAAGCUUCCUGAUGAUAUUGCCUCGGCUAGGCUUUACAUCACCGCCCUGGGCAUUUACGAGGCGGAAAUCAAUGGGAAGCGGGUCGGCGACCGUGUCUUGGCUCCGGGCUGGCAGUCCUUCCACCAUCGCCAUGUCUACGACACUUAUGAUGUGACCAAGCUCCUCACCCCAGGUUCAAAUGCGAUAGGUGCACUUGUCGGUGAAGGCUGGUAUGCUGGACGAAUGGGAUUCGCAGGCGGUCAACGAAACAUCUACGGCAACUUUACUGGUCUUCUGGCGCAGCUUCAUGUGAAAUCCAAGAGUGGAAAGACAGUUAAGAUUGUCACUGACACCACCUGGAAGUCAGGCUUUGGCCCUGCUACCGCGGGCGAGAUCUACGAUGGAGACCGCUACAACGCAACUCUUGAAGCUGACAUCAAAGGAUGGUCGAAACCUGGGUUCAAGAGUUCUUCUUGGUCCGACACUCGUCUUCUUCCGGCUGUGGACGGCGAACUUGUUCCUGCUGAACAGCCGCCUGUCCGACGCGUUGAGGAGGUCAAGCCGCAGCGCUUCUUCAAAUCCACCUCUGGCAAACAGCUUGUCGACUUUGGACAGAAUCUCGUUGGUUGGCUUCAAUUGAACGUCGAUGGUCCCAAGAAUACCACUAUCCGACUGCGACACGCCGAGGUUCUGGAGGAUGGUGAAUUGGCUAUUCGACCUCUUCGACUAGCCAAGGCUGAGGACUACCUUACUCUCAGUGGUAAGGGACCUAUUCAGUGGGAGCCCAAGUUCACAUUCCACGGUUUUCGUUACGCUGAACUUGAUGGCUGGCCUAAAGAGACUCCCUUGGAUGGGAAUAGUGUCAAGGCCAUCGUUGUUCAUACAGAUCUGGAAGAGACUGGUUACUUCAACUGUUCCAACCCUCUUCUUAACAAAUUCCACUCCAAUGUCCGCUGGUCUAUGAAGGGUAACUUCCUGAGCAUUCCUACAGACUGCCCCCAGCGAGAUGAGCGUCUUGGCUGGACCGGUGACGCACACGCCUUCUGCCCUACAUCGAACUACCUGUACGACACAUCGGCUUUCUGGAAGGGCUGGCACAAGGACAUCUGGUCCGAAAUGUCCCAGAACGAGAUGGUUCCCCCAUUUUACGUCCCUUCUAUCCCUUGGUUUCUGGACAGACCUCCCAAGCCAGCAUCAGUGUGGGGAGACGUGGUUGUCGCCAACCCAUGGAACAUUUACCAGGCUUUUGGUGAUAAGAAGCUACUCCAAGAACACCUCCCACAAGCCCAGAAUUGGAUCGAUACUGGUAUUCCGCGAAACGAUGUUGGUCUUUGGAACCGCAGUAGCUUUCAGUUUGGAGACUGGCUUGACCCUCUUGCACCCUCCGACGACCCCGGGGCUGCGACGACGCACAAGAUCUUGGUCUCGGAUGCGUACUUGAUCAAGAUGACCGAGACAUUAUCUCAGAUCAUUGGGGCCCUUGGCGACUCCAAACUGGCCAAGAAGUACCAGACUCAACGCUCUGAUCUCAAACGAGAGUUCCAGAGUUCUUGGGCACCAGGUGGCAAGUUGGCCAACCGAACCCAGACCGCCUAUGCUCUGUCCCUAGCUUUUGACCUUCUCAAGGACGACAAGCAGAAGAAGGCGGCUGCUGACACCCUGCGAGAUAUCAUCAAGAACAAUGACUAUCUUGUCGGUACUGGCUUCGCAGGUACUUCACCCCUUGGAUUUGCACUCACCGGUAUCAAUGCCACAGAUGUCUUCUACCGCAUGCUUCUCCAAGAGAAGGUUCCAUCGUGGCUAUAUCAAGUCGUAAUGGGCGGUACAACAACCUGGGAGCGAUGGGAUAGUAUGCUGCCCAAUGGCACCGUCAAUCCCGGUGAGAUGACCAGCUUCAACCAUUACUCUUUUGGAUCUGUCGCCAAUUGGAUGCAUCAAGUCAUUGGAGGAAUCGCACCUUUGGAGCCUGGGUACAAGACUGUCGCUAUUGCGCCUAUUCCAGGAGGUAACCUUUCUCAUGCAAGUGCAACGUAUGUUAGUCAGUAUGGAACCAUCUCCACGGAUUGGACUGUGACGAAUGGGAAGUUUCACCUCAAGGUUAGGAUUCCGCCGAACACGAAGGCCAAGGUUACGUUGCCGGGUACGCAGAAAACGAAGACUGUUGGAUCGGGUUAUCACGAGUUUACUGUUUGACAGUGAGUAGGAUUUAGUGUCUAUCAAUUGAGAUCUAUCUAGCUGUUGCGCAUUCUCAU